AUGGACGGGGCCAAUGGCAUUACAGAAUGUCCUCUAGCACUAGGUCAAUCCGAGACCUACACCUUCUUAGAAACACAAUACGGCACAACUUGGUAUCACUCUCACCAUUCACGUCAAUAUGGAGAUGGAUUGUGGGGCACCAUUGUCAUCGAUGAACCAUCAAGUGCCAAUUGGGACAUCGACCUUGGUGUCUUACCUGUCCAAGAUUGGUUCUACGAUAUAUCUGAAACUAUCAUGUACAGGCUCGUUCGUGCGCAGAUUCGCAACCAGCCGGUGGCCAAUAACAUCCUUAUUAACGGUACGACUGUGAACUCGGCUGGUGGAGGAGUUUACCAUGGCAACACGAUUGAGAAGCCUACUGGCUUCAUGUCGUCUCAAGCAGGUUGCAGUGCCAAUAGUGUGACGAAUGCCGUCAGUGUUUUCAGCUACGAAGGAGCCAACAACACUAUGCCUAGCGACAGAAUUCGCAAUAACGCCCCUCCGACCAGUGAUUGCGUCGAUCCGAAUAGCGAUCUUAUUCCGUGGGUUCCUCUCAACGUCUCAUCCAACGAAACUAUUCCCCAAUCCUCCCGCCUCGACGUCGGAUUUGCAGUUGUCCAGAACAGCUCCUCUCAAACACAGACCCUCGUCCAAUGGACCCUAGACUCGACCGCCACUGUCGCCGAAUGGCAUCAUCCAACCCUCCAAUACGUCCGUGGAGGCACCUCAGCAUACCCCCGCAGCAUGAACCUCAUCAACCUCCCUACAAAGAACCAAUGGUCCUUCUGGGUUAUCCAAGCCCAAGUCAACUCGAUAACUCCACCACCACAAGCUCACUCUACGCAUCUCCACGGCCACGAUUUCUAG